AUGCCCGACAAACGCAAACCCUCCGGCUCAGUCACCGGAUUCUCUCCCUACGCGAAACGUUCCCGCCCCUCCUACGCCGAAGAAGAUGACGAAGAAGAAGCCCAGCCGACCGUGACUCCAUACGAACGCCCGCGCAACCACCCGGUGUAUGGCCAAAAGAGCGCUUUUCCGGGUCUGGAUGUCGCGGGAGAUGAUGAGCUAUUCUACGGGCCUGCUGAAGAUGGCAUGGAAUAUUUGCGCAUGGUUCGAUCGGAAGCAAACUCCCUCCCUUUCUUGUUUACGGCACCGCAAACGACGGAAACUCCUGCCGCGACGGAGCAGGCGCAGAACAAUGAGGAACUACAACAGCAGGAGGAGGUGAAGGAUACAACAGAGCCUGUCCCUGAGGGCGUGGUUGUUGAUGGUGUCUACUUCGUUCCUCCUACGUCUACUACCAAUACUACUGCCGCCCCUGCUGCGAAUGUCGCCGAAGAGGCUAUCUCCGACGCCCAAUCAAGCUACUACAACCUCCUUCACCACCGCUUCCUUCUCCUUCGAUCGAUACUAAAAUGCACACCUCCUUCUGAAGCUAUCGCCGGGCUCGAUGAAUCCCACCCGAUCAGCUUACCGCGACACUCGCGAAACGCGCGCAAGGAAUGGCGCCGGUUACUCCUGGCGGUAGACCCGCAGACCGUACAGCUGGCGUGUAUGGAUAUGGAGAGUGUGCUGGGAGUUCUGGAGAUCAUGGCGCGCUUAAUGUCGGAGAAUGUACGGAGUGGGGAUGCGCAACGGGUUCGACGCAUCGGGGCUUGGGCGUGGGGAUUGUUGGGGAAGUGUCGGGAUGUUGGGCAGCUAGGGACUGAGGAGGUUGGAGAAAUUCGGGAACUGGGGAAGAGAGCUGUGAAGAUUCUGAGGAAGAUGAGGGAAGAGGAUGAGAAGAAGAUGCAGGAAGGAGACGGGUCGGAUGAGGACGACGCUGAAGAGGACACAGGGGGAAACGCUGCAGAGGGGGAGGAAGGAACACAGCAAGUGGAUGGACCAAGUGACAAUCAGGAUUACGAUAUGCAGGAUGUGGAGGAAGAGAAGCCUGCUACUGAGGAGGAGCUGGAGGCAGCCAAAGCACGUCUGCAGGCGAAGCUCGCAGGUGGAGAGGACCAACCCACAGCCACGGAGCCCGAGGCUGGCAAUGAGAACCCUGCAAAUGAAGCGGCGACACAGACUCGCGCCAUGCUGGACAUGAUCAUCACGAGUCGUGUCCAGACAACCCCGAAAAAACCAGAAACAAUGCCCCCCACAACCCUCGAAAUCAGCAUCCCCACAACCAGCAUCUCCGCAACCCAACCCCCCUACACCCUCUACAACAUCACCCUCCGCCUUCCCCUCCGCUCAUUCACCAUCUCCAAGCGCUACUCCGAAUUCACCACCUUCCACAACACCCUAGUUUCGCAAACAAACCUCCCACCACCCGCCCCUCUCCCGCCCAAAUCCUGGUUCCAGAAUACCAUCAACAACGCCACCCUCCGCGAAUCCCGCCGCGAAGCACUAGAAGCCUACCUCCGGGCUAUCAACGAAAGCGAAGAUCCCCGAUGGCGCAACAGUCCUGCGUGGCGGGCGUUCCUCAAUCUUCCUAGCUUGCCUUCGAAUAAUAAUAAUAACAAUGGCGGGGCAAGUACACGGCUCCACGCGGCAAUCACUGACCCCGGCGACUCGGAAGGCGGAGGCAUCACGGACCCGAUCCUCUGGCUCGAUUGCUUCAGGGAUAUGAAGGGGCAUUUACACGAUGCGAGAUUGUAUCUUACGAGACGGGACCAGGAGGCCACGCCGCAGCGACAGCAUGAGAGUUCGGCGAGGGCGAAGAGCGAGCUUGUUAGGGCCGGGGGAUUGAUUGCGAGUUUGGAGAGUGGGUUGAGGAAUUUGAGUAACUCUUCUUCUGGAGGUGGGGAGGAAAAUAAUGCAGGGUCAAGACCAGGAAGUAAACUCGGGCGCAGAAAUACAGCUACGACCGCCACGGCAUGGAGUGUUAGUGGGAACAACACGCUCGGGGAAGGAGAGAUGCGACGACGGAAGGAUCUACUCAUCAACGCGAGGAAGGAGAAAGAUGGACUGGAGGAUCUGUUGAAUGCGAUGGCGGCGAAGAGUCGGAUUGAUAGUGCGGUGGCGUCGAUUCAGGAUAAGGAGGCGUUGAUGGGGACGCAGGGGGGCAAGAAGGCGAUUCGGUCGUCGGGGAGAGUGUUGGGGAGGGAGACGGAGAGGACGCGCGAGUUGGAUAAUAGUGGGGUGGUGCAGUUGCAGAAGCAGAUGAUGGAGGAUCAGGAUGUCGCGGUGGAUGAGUUGAUGAGGAUUGUCAAUCGGCAGAAGGAGUUGGGGAUUGCAAUUAACAAUGAGUUGCAGGUGCAGAAUGAGUUGUUGAAUUUGGCGGAUGAGGAUGCUACGAGGUUGGGUGGGAAGAUUGAUAUUGGGAAGAAGAGGAUUGGGAGAAUUUCUUGA